UGGGUUAGACAGAAUUUCAUUUCCUUUCUUUCUGAGCCACGGUAGGAGUCAGUGAGACCAUGCCGUUAGAGAGAGAGAGAGUGAGAGAGGACUGAUAGAUACUGCCAAAAAGCAUAGGUUGCAGAGACAGAGAGAGGGAGAUGGGCGUGGGAUGGCAAUGAGGGAAGGGUUGAUUUUUUUCUCCUCAAAUCAAGGGUUGGUGUCGGGAUUGAGGGGAUGGGUCGAAACGGGGUUAAGACUGUGAGGGAGAGGGGGAUGUCAGAGACAGAGGAGAGGGAGCUGGACGUGGGAAUUGCAGAGAGAGAAAGAGAACCCAGAAGAUAUUUGUUUUGUUGAGAGCUGACAAGAAAAGGGGAGAAACAACGACAAAGUGACAGAAUCUGAGAAUCUGAAGUAAAAAAUAAUUAGUAGGGUUUUAGCUUCUGGCACUUUCUUCCCUGCUUCUUAAACCCAUUUUUCUCUGCACCCCUUCAAGCUCUGGAAGUGUUCGCACAGAUUUGAAGCUCAAAAGCGUCAGAUUUUAUGGAACACCCGGUGGGCCCGGAUUUGCCGCUUGAGAUGACGUGGUCCUGAUCGUCGGUCACUUCCGCGGCAGUUCCGAACAACGGAAGCUCCGACGAUUCUGUCUGUGGCAAAGAGAAUUCAGGAAGAGUGGAAGAUCCUGGAGAAGAAUUUGCCAGGCGAGUUCUUUUUUUAUUUUAUUUUGAAUUUCCUUUUAAAUAACUGUUUUGAAUUAAUGGUAGUGAAGUUUUCCCCUGCUUAGCCUAUUAAUUUUUAUCAAAUAUUUUGCACCGACCAUUUCAUGAUGCUGACUGCUGUAAUUAAUUUGGUUUUGUACUGAAAUUUGGAGUUGAGAAUAUAUGGAAUAUAGUUGUUGGAUUGGUGUUUCAGUGUUUGUACUAUAGAAACUUAGGUUUGUUUACCCCCCUUUUCAUUGACAUCCACCGUUACAAUAUUUGGUAGAGCUUAUGAGACAAGAAUGGAUCGUGUGAGAGCUGUAAUUGUUGGGGCGAGGCUACUCCUUACCAUGAUGGUCUCUUCUUCUUUGAUGUUUGCUUCCCCAGUGACUAUCCCAAUGUGCCACUGGUACUCGAAUUGUUGAAAUUCUGAAAUUGAUUUUGGGUACUUAGAGCAAUGGACCAUGCUGAGCUCACGACUGAACAGGUUUUGAAUAGGGACAUCCCAUGGGAGACUUACAUGACCACUAAGCUCAUCACUGGAACCUGCCUUCAGCUCUUGAGGCGCUAUGAUAAAAGAUCCGAGAGCUACAGAUCACAGCUUCUCGAUGAUGAUGGCCCUGCUUAUGUUCAAGUGUUCGUUGGCAUUUUACGUGAUAUUUUCAAGGAAGAAACGGUGGAAUAUGUCCUUGCUUUAAUUAAUGAAAUGCUUACAGCUAACCCAAAAAGAGCAAGAUUGUUCCAUGAUAGUAGUCUUGUUGAUAAAGAUAUCUAUGAGCCUUUCUUGAGAUUGCUCUGGAAGGGUAAUUGGUUCAUACAAGAGAAGAGCUGUAAGAUACUUGCUUUAAUAGUGAGUGCCAGGCCAAAACCCCAAGAUGGCUCUGCUGCAAAUGGAGAAGCCUCAAAUUCAAAGAGGAAAAUAACUACUAUUGAUGAUGUGUUGAAAGGAUUGGUGGAAUGGCUUUGUGCACAGUUGAAGAAGCCUGCCCAUCCCAGUCAGGGUAUCCCAACUGCCAUCAAUUGCCUUGCAACCUUACUAAAGGAACCUAUAGUUAGAUCUUCCUUUGUUCAAUUAGAUGGGGUGAAGUUGCUUGUUCCCUUAAUUUCUCCAGCUUCCACCCAACAAUCUAUUCAGCUUCUUUAUGAAACAUGUCUAUGCAUCUGGCUCUUAUCUUAUUAUGAACCUGCAAUUGAGUACUUGGCUACUUCUAGAACUCUUCCACAACUCAUAGAAGUUGUCAAGAGUUCCACAAAGGAGAAGGUUGUCAGAGUUGUUGUUUUGACCCUGAGGAACUUGCUCUCAAAGGGGACAUUUGGCGCUCAAAUGGUGGACCUUGGACUGCCACAAAUCGUUCAGAAUUUGAAAGCACAAGCAUGGAGUGAUGAGGAUCUCCUGGAGGGAUUAAAUCAACUGGAAGAGGUUCUGAAGGAUAACAUCAAGAAAUUAAGUUCUUUUGACAAGUAUAAGCAAGAAGUCCUCCUUGGCCAUCUUGACUGGUCACCCAUGCACAAGGAUCCAAUAUUCUGGCGAGAGAAUAUUACCAACUUUGAAGAGAAUGACUUUCAGAUUCUAAGAGUCCUGAUUACUAUCUUGGACACAUCCGGUGAUCCUAGGGCAUUGGCCGUAGCCUGCUUUGAUAUCUCACAGUUUGUCCAGCAGCAUCCGGCUGGAAGAAGCAUAGUGACGGACCUCAAAGCCAAGGAACGCGUGAUGAAACUGAUGAAUCAUGAGAGUGCCGAGGUCACCAAAAAUGCGCUGCUAUGUAUCCAAAGGCUUUUCCUAGGUGCCAAGUAUGCUAGCUUUUUGCAGGCUUAGAGAUGCUUUCCUUUGAAUGGCGGAGCCGAGCAAUGCGGCAGCGUUUGUCUAAAUGGUAUUGUCCAAAAGAGAUGUUUAUGAAGGACGGGCAGGGGUGUCGCUGUCACAGUAGUAGUGGUUUACAUAUUAUUGUGUUCUGAGUAAUACAUUUCGUAGGGCUGUUUGGUUAUUUGAAAAUUCAUCUGUUGCUGUGUUUUUUUAUUUUUCUUAGUUGGUACGUGGUACUGGGCUAUAGAGAAAUAAAUUCCAACUGUAAUCUCGCUGGGGGAAUAAAAUAAAGAGAGUUUUAAUGAAAA